AUUAAAUCCCCAUUUCUCAUCUCUCGCUCCCCCAGUAUAAAUAAGAAACAAAAGCUCCUAUUAUUUCAUCGCAAUUAUACAUCAAACCCGUAUACGUAUACAACUAGCUGCAAAGAAGGGGCCGCCUAUACAUACACAUAUACGUACGCGCGUAUCGCAGAUCUUUGUGGCGGAGGAGAGCUCAUCUUUAAUCACCCUUUCAUCUUCUGUUCAGGAACAAAAUAUGAGCUUUCAAGUCCCAAAUGAAAGAAGGGAAAAUAGUAAUAACAACAGCAAUAGUCGGACUCGGAUUCCCCAAAAUCAAAGUGGUCGAGGUGGACGAAGAGAGUGGAUUCCGAGAGGGACUAAUAAUGUUGUUGCUACUACAAACUUAACGCCUACGCCUGCUGCUGGGUCUGAGUCCAGUGUAGUUGAGGGAAUGCCUGCACUAGUUAGGCAGAAACGGAAUGGGAGUGGCGAGGGAUCAUCUAUGGGUGGGAGAGGGAGGUCUAAUGGAAGUUAUGGGGAUUUUAGUAAGAGAUCGGUGUUGAAUGGCAGUGGGAACAGACAGAACUUGGGUUCGAGGGGGCAGCAUUAUGGUAAGCCAUUGAAUCAGAAGAGGGAGAAAGCGAAGGAACAGAGUGUGCCCAAGGACUCUAGUUUGCCGCAGCUAGUGCAGGAAAUUCAAGAGAAGCUGAUGAAGGGUACGGUUGAAUGCAUGAUUUGUUAUGAUAUGGUGAAAAGAUCUGCGCCAGUUUGGUCUUGUUCUAGCUGUUACUCAAUUUUUCAUCUGCAUUGUACCAAGAAAUGGGCACGUGCUCCUACUUCUGUUGACCUAUCAGCUGGAAAGGAUCAGGGAUUUAAUUGGCGAUGUCCUGGUUGCCAAUCUGUUCAGCUUACAUCUUCAAAGGAGAUUCGAUAUGUUUGCUUUUGUAGAAAGAGGGAAGAACCACCAUCUGAUCUUUAUCUGACACCUCAUUCGUGUGGGGAACCUUGUGGAAAACCACUUGAGAAAGAGAUUCCAGGUGCUGGUGUGACCAAGGAGGAUCUAUGUCCUCAUCUUUGUGUUUUGCAAUGUCAUCCCGGUCCUUGCCCACCUUGCAAGGCAUUUGCUCCACCACGAUUGUGUCCUUGUGGUAAGAAGGUAAUUACAACGAGAUGCUCUGAUCGCAAGUCUGUUCUUACAUGUGGAGAGCGCUGUGAUAAACUUCUUGAUUGUUGGCGUCAUCGUUGUGAAAAAAUAUGCCAUGUCGGUCCAUGUGAUACUUGUCAGGUUGUAAUUAACGCCUCUUGCUUCUGCAAGAAAAAGUCUGAAUCUGUUCUUUGUGGAGACUUGACUGUGAAGGGAGAAGUUGAUGUAGUAGAUGGUCUAUUCUCAUGCUCUUUACCCUGUGAAAAGCUGCUUAGUUGUGGAAACCAUGUCUGCACAGCACCUUGCCAUCCAGGGCCAUGUGGGGAUUGUGACUUAUUACCAGGAAAGAUUAAGACAUGCUACUGUGGUAAAACAGGGUUAGAACAGGAAAGACAUAGUUGUUUGGAUCCAAUUCCUACCUGUUCAGAAAUCUGCAGCAAAACACUCCCUUGUGGGUCACAUAAGUGUAAGGAGGUAUGCCACUCAGGUGAUUGUGCACCAUGUCAAAUGCUUGUAACUCAGAAGUGCCGAUGUGGAUCAACCUCUAGAACUGUGGAAUGCUACAAGACGAUGGGCGAUGACAAAUUUGCUUGUGAUAAACCUUGUGGCCAGAAGAAGAGCUGUGGGAGGCAUCGGUGCAGUGAGCGAUGCUGCCCUCUAUCUAGUUCAAAGAAUCCAUUGCCAGGUGAUUGGGACCCGCAUUUGUGCUCCAUGUCCUGUGGUAAGAAGUUGAGGUGCGGGCAGCAUUCCUGUGAAUCUCUUUGUCACAGUGGACAUUGCCCUCCUUGCCCUGAAACAAUAUUUACUGACCUGACAUGCGCAUGUGGAAGAACUUCAAUUCCUCCUCCACAGCCUUGUGGUACACCUCCCCCUUCAUGUCAGUUACCUUGCUCAGUUGCUCAGUCUUGUGGCCACUCAUCCACCCACAGUUGCCACUUUGGGGAUUGUCCUCCCUGUUCAGUUCCUGUAGCAAAGGAGUGUAUUGGAGGACACGUGGUCCUCAGGAACAUACCCUGUGGAUCCAAAGACAUCAGAUGUAACCAGCUUUGUGGGAAAACUAGGCAAUGUGGCAUGCACGCAUGUGCAAGAACUUGUCAUCCUUCACCAUGUGAUUCUUCUACUGUACCUACUUCUGGUUUGAGGGCAUCUUGUGGGCAAACAUGCGGUGCACCAAGAAGAGACUGUCGGCAUACAUGCAGUGCUCUUUGUCACCCCUCUUCAUUGUGCCCUGAUGUUAGAUGCGAGUUUCGGGUCACAAUUACAUGCUCUUGUGGAAAUAUUAGCGCUACUGUUCCUUGUGAUGCAGGGGGCAGCAACAACGGGCACAAUGUUGACUCUCUUCUUGAGCUUUCUGCAGUCCAGAAACUGCCUGUUCCGCUUCAGCCAGUGGAAGCAAAUGGAAAGCGAAUUCCACUUGGGCAAAGGAAGCUCACCUGUGACGAUGAGUGUUUGAAGAUGGAACGCAAACGUGCACUUGCAGAUGCAUUUGGUAUUACUCCAAAUCUGGAAGCACUUCAUUUUGGUGAGAGUUCAGCUGUUUCGGAAGUGCUUUCUGACUUGUUUAGGCGGGAUCCUAAGUGGGUCUUAGCUGUUGAAGAGAGAUGCAAGUUUUUGGUCCUUGGCAGGGGUAGAGGUGGUUCCAGUUCCCUUAAGGUUCACGUAUUUUGUCCAAUGCUGAAAGAGAAGAGAGAUGCAGUGAGGCUAAUAGCUGAGCGCUGGAAGCUAUCAAUCAGCGCUGCUGGCUGGGAGCCAAAGCGUUUUAUUGUGGUUCAUGUUACUCCGAAAUCGAAAGCCCCAGCUCGUAUUUUUGGUUCCAAAGGUACAACAACAGCAAAUAUGAUAACUCCAUCUGUGUUUGAUCCUCUGGUAGACAUGGAUCCCAGGCUUGUUGUUGCUCUAUUUGAAUUGCCAAGUGAUGCAGAUAUCAGUGCAUUGGUCUUGAGGUUUGGUGGAGAGUGUGAGUUAGUCUGGUUGAAUGACAAGAAUGCAUUGGCUGUCUUUAGUGAUCCUGCUCGGGCUGCUACUGCCAUGAGGAGGUUGGACCAAGGAUCUUUGUAUUAUGGGGCAGUAGUCCUUCAAAAUGGGGGUGUUCCUGGAGUGGCUUCCGGAGCCAAUGCUUGGGGUGGUCCAGGGGCUCCGAAGGAUGGAGGAUCAGGUUUGGCUAUGAAGGGAAAUCCAUGGAAGAAGGCUGUGGUUCAGGAGCCUGAUUGGAGGGUGAGUUCAUGGGGCGAUGAGGAGGAAACGGUGGGUGAUUCCACUCGAUUGGAAGCAUCUGUUCUGAAGAGAAACGAUGCGCCUAUCCCUGCUUCAUCGAACAGAUGGAGCAUUCUAGAUGCUGAGACCACUCCUAGUUCAUCUACUUCUGUAGUGCAAAUUACAGAUCCUGGGGAACAGUCAAAAAGCCAGAUGGUUUCUACACUGGAAUCUGGAUCAAGUUCUUCAGUUACUGUGGAAAAGCACAUGGAUGAGCAAACAUCAGAGACUGUGGAGGAUUGGGAGAAAGCCUUUGAUUGACAAAUGAAGUAGCAGGGUUGGAUUUAGCAACUGGUUCUUGGAUUUAUACCUAGUUUUUCACUUUUGGUUUCAGUUGCCCAUUUUUGUGGUGGCCUGCUUUUGAUUUUACUGAAAUUUGAUGUGCUGGUAGAGAAUUAAUCUCUCCUCAAUCAAAAGAUUUGUAUGCAUUAUAUGCUCUAUUUUGUUUUGUUACGGAGACGCAACAAUGCACUACAUGUUUGUCAAUGGAAAAUGAAGAUCAUACCGGUUCUUGAAAAA